AUGAUUACUGCAUCUGUAGGUGCAGACUCGAGUUUAUUACUUGAACCUGCAUUUGAAUUGUUCUUUCCACUCUCGGAAUUACAGUCAGGUCAUCGACCACGUUGUCUUCUCACAUUAACGAAUUUAUCAGUACUAAAUGAUGUGGUCUUUCGUAUACGAACACGUAAUCCAGAUGCAUUCACAGUGCGUCCAACCCAUGGACUCUUAGCACCUGAAACAAGUAUUCAAGUCGUGUUAAAAGCGACGGAAAAAUCAUGUAAACGUCUGAGUGCCAUGGAUCCACGGGAUUUAAUGACACGUCAAUCCUCUGAACUUUUCCUUGUGCAGAGUGUAGAACGAGAGGAAAAAGUACAAGCAAUGGAACCUCUUGAUCCGAACUCAAGCACGUCAAUACGUGCAUUCUGGAAAAAAUUGUCCAUGGAUUGUGUCACGGAGAACAAGUUAGUCUGUUGCUUUGUUCCUGUGCCAUCACGUGAUUCAGACGUCUCGUCGAACAGCAAAUUGUUAUCCCGUACGAUGAGUAGCACAAGUUUGAGCUCACAAGAGUCUCAAAAAAGCCGAAGUGAUAACAGAAAUCGCACUAGGAGUGCAACGGAGCAGCGAGUGAGUCGCAGUGGUAGUGACAGUAAACGGAGCACAGGCGAUCGGUCCGUGAGCAACCAGUUCAUACCGUCUGACGAGCCGAAGGAGCAAAGUCGACAGCAUUUGUUUGGUGUUGAUACCAAUUUUCACACUGCAACUGAGCCUCCAAUGUGGACGAAUGGAAGAUCGGGGACAAGUACGACGACUUUGUCGAAUCACGUGCUUCCAAGAACACCGAAGACAAGACUAUGUGAUGCUAGCAUUAGCGGGAACGACAGCUCAGUCAGCGAUACAAUGCUGUCUGCUCAGACUUCAUUUUCUGCUGAAACGGAUACGAAAUCGCCAACCCAUGAACUUGGUCCGCUGCUCUACCACAUUCAGCCGCAGGAUACACUCUCUUUCGAUGUGAUGCCUGGACCACGCUUUUGGGGAAGCACCUCGUGUUAUAUUGUAAACUCAAGUUUGAACGACUGUCUUACUUUCAAGGUGCGUACGUCCAAUCAGUCUGGAUAUGUGGUGAAGCCAAGUCGAGGACUUGUAUCACCUACGAAUGCGCAGGAAGUGGUUAUCUCGCUUUGUGCACCUCGUCACGAAACAAGUUUUGAUCCCAUGCAGCGUAAGGCAAGAGAUGGCUUUAUGGUUGAAAUUGCGAACAUCUCACGGGACAAGUACGAUGAUUUGAUGAAGCUUGAUGAACGAAAGCGCUUUUACGAGAUAAGCUGUCUGUGGUCCAAGUUGCCACAAAGCGAUCGUCAGUCGAGGACGCUUUCAGUCAAUUUCAACAUGGAGAACAGCCAUAGCGGUAGUAAUAUUCUUGAGAGCUCUGAGAGUGGUAACUGUAAUUGUCGAAGCAAGUUCAGCGAAUGUAGGGCCGAAAAGACACAACGACAAAAGUUAGAGUCGGUCAUUCAGGGUGUCAAAGAGCUGUCUAGCUCCUUAUCAUUGAAAAACGAGUCUUGUGGACACACAGCAGAGGUCAAGUCUGACUAUGCGAAUUCGGAUCAGUUUGCAUUCAUUGGCGCAUCAACUCCUGUACCCACUGCAGUUGGCGAAAAUAAGAGAGAAGGUGACGUGGUGCUUACAGCUACCAAUGCUUUACGAGAUCCAAAGGUGCUUGUUGUUUCAGCUGACAGAAUGGAUAUGGUUGACUUUUCCAAUCCAAACUUGUCAUUCUUUAUUUAG